AUGGAAUCAUUAGUCUGGGAAAUAGUAUCUUGUCAAGAAUUAAAAUCAUCAGAUAUAAAAAUACAACUAAGCAAAAAGUUUAAUCGUAAAGCUCAUCCAAACAUAGAUGAAACUAUGGAUACAAUAUGGAGAGAAGCUUGUGCUAAAAACAAUAGACUUUACAAUGGUAGCAAGUUUCGAUUAGCCAGUGUAGAGUUAAACGAAUUUGGAGAGAUAAUUGUCAAUAUUGGAAUCACAGAUUAUAAAGAAACAUUUUGUACAAAUUUUAGUCAUAUUUGUAAUGAGAUUUAUGACUUUGGCAUUUUAAAUUACAAUGAUAAAUAUGCAUGCUUUGGAAAUGCUAUUGGUGUUGGAUCAGUUGUAUUAUCAAAUGAUGGUUUUAUUAUCUUAAUAAAGAGAUCUAACUGGGUAGGAGAAUCAAAAGGUUUGCUAGAUACUCCAGGUGGACAUGCAGAGCCUUGUGAGUUGUUGUCUCAUUUAAACAUUGAUGAUAUAUUUUUGGCGAGAGGAGAAGAUGUUGCUAAUGAAAUUUAUUAUGCAAUGAUUCGUGAAGUACGAGAUGAAAUUAAUAUUCCAGAAACUUGCUUAAGCUGGCCUGUAUGCCUGGGAAUAUUUCGGAAUAAAUUACUUGGUGGCAAACCUGGUUUUGUUUUUUAUAUCAAAUGUGAUUUGCUUAAAGAUGACAUAGAGAAAUAUUAUCACAAAGGAGGUUUAGAAACGGAUGAAUCAACUGAUAUUUUAUUUAUGUCUUUAAAGGAAUUAAAGUCGUAUACAGAUGAAGAAUUUGCAGUGUUGAUUUGUGAUAUGGCUCCUGGAUGUCAAGCUGCAUUACAUAUGUUCAAAAAACUUUAUUUUUAAAGAAAUAAAUUUAAAAAGUUAUGAUAUAAAA